AUUAUUCAAUUUCAAGUUUCAACGCUAGACGCUUCGAAUUGUAUAAAUGUAGCGGCAAAUUGAAUUUUAAUAUUUAUAACAAACUUUAUAGAAAAAAACUCACCUAAAAUAAUUCCAUAGUUCAACCCUUCUAAGAUUUUCGCAGCUAUGAAUAAAAUCGUGAUAUUCGGUGCCACCGGCGUCACCGGUCUAUGUGCAGUGCAAGCUGCACUCGCUAAAGGCCUCGAAGUGCGCGCCUUCGUCCGGGACCCCUCGAAGCUGCCGGACGAGAUCAAGUCCAAAGUCGAAGUGUUCAAAGGCGACGUCCUAGAGCCGGACUCGGUGAACUAUGCCGUGGAGGGCACAGACGGGGUGGUCAUUGCGCUCGGCACGAGUGGCAACCUGGACCCGACCUCAGAUCUGUCGGAGGGAACAAGGAACAUCCUGGACUCCAUGAAGUCGAAGCGCGUCAACACCGUCGCGGCCUGCACGUCGGCCUUCCUCUUCUAUGAGCCAGAUAAGGUGCCUCCCAGGUUCAUACCGAUCACGAAAGACCACCAGAGGAUGGCCGAAGCCAUCAAGGAGACCGGCUUCAACUAUGUGCUCGUGUACCCGCCGCACAUUUCUGAUGACCCCAGCCGGGACAUUAUCGUGGAGGUGAACCCCGAGAAGUCCCCGGGCCGCUCCAUCUCCAAGCACGACCUGGGCAAGUUCCUGGUGGACGCGCUCUCCGAGCCCAAAUACUACAAGAAAGUGAUAGGCCUCUGUAAUGUGCCGCAGCAGUAGAGUUCAGUUGAGUAGUGAGCAUGAGCCUGUAGACAGAGGAAUCGUAAGCAUCAAACGUCUUUACUGAAGCUUUCAAAAUUUUCGAUAGCAUUACUAUGUCUACAGAAA